AUGGUAUCCGCAGCGCCCGUCGCCCUUGUGCCGACUUUGGCGCUAUCCUCCUCGACUAGAACUGCCGCGAACUCAAGAGCCAUGAUGGCAACCCCGCCUACGAAGCCGAAGCCGAAGCCGAAGCCUUCGAAAUCCAUCCUCAAAACCCACGUCUCUACACCUCCUGCAAGUGCAAUCGGGCAAAAGCGCAAGAGGGUCGCCAUUUCGGACCUGGGGCUUUCAUCCGAUGAUCAGGAUGCAGAGGAGGAAGGGAAUGCCAGCAGUCCCGUGGCGAGGACACAUCCCCCCGUCGCGAAGAAGCGGGCUCGCGUCAAAUUUGAGAUGGAUAUGCCGAGUCAUAGCAACAAGCAGCAGCAGCGGCAAGAGCAGGAUGAUGAUGAUGAUGGUGAUGAUGAUGGUGAUGAGAAGAAGGGUAUCGAGAAUACUAGGAACGAGAAAAGCACAGCGAUGGUGCGCGAGGAAGUCCGUCGGGCCAUCCAGCGACAUUUGAUAGGCGACAGCGAGGCGUAUGACCGGGUCAAGGAGAUAUUUGCGGCGGAUCCCACGGAGCUGGAGGAUGAUGGGUCGCCUGUGUAUGACCUUCCGUCUCCGACGUCGUUGAGGAAUCAUCUGCUGGGUCUAUUUUCGAACGUAUCGGCGCUAGAUGGGAGCUGUAGUGGGCUUGUACAUGCGGUUUUGCGGAGUGAGUGGCUUGGAAGAGAUGAGGAGUAUGUCAAGUUGUUUGUGAGGUUUUUGGGCACGUUGGCGGCGGCUAGGGGGACGUACCUCAAUUCUGUGCUGAGGGUUUUGGUUCAUGGGUUGAGGCAGGCUGGCCCUCGCACUGGAAAGCUUCCUGGAUAUGCCAUUGUGUAUCCUUCGGAAAUCUACGCUAGAGUUCAUAUGGCCAUUAACUUCCCCCACGAUACGGACACCGCCAAGGCGCACAUCGUAUAUACGCGGAACAUCAUCAAAAUCAUCGACUACGCCCCGGAGCUGCGUUCGGAUAUCCUUGCACUCAUUACGGAAAACUCGCGCACCCAAUUCCUCCUUUUCCACUAUUCCCAAUCCUCCCCAAUCUUCAUCGACCGCUUCGCCACCACCUGCGUGCAGAUCAUCUUUUCCAGAUCCGAACCAACAAUCAUCCGCCAAUAUGCCGCUGCAUAUCUCGCAAGUUUCGUCGCCCGCGGCGCCCACGUCUCCAGCGAAGUCGUCCGCGACGUCUUCGACCUUCUCGGCACACACCUCCAAAAUCUCCAGGCCGAAUACGAACCUACUUGUCGCGGACCCGACCUGAAACGCUACGGCCCUUUCUACUCCACCGCCCAAGCCCUCCUCUACAUCUUCUGCUUCCGCUGGCGCGAUCUGACCACCGCCGCGCUAGAUGCCGACAUCACCACCACCCCGGCCUCUUCAGCUUGGUUAUAUGACCUCGACCUCGACGACGCCCGCUUUCCCCCACAGAUCAAAAACGUUCUUUCCCCCGCCAUCAACUCGAAACUCAACCCCUUAAAAAUCUGCUCCCCAGCCAUCGUCUCCGAGUUUGCCCGCCUCACCCACCACCUCCACUUCAUGUACCUCUACACCCUCAUCGAGACGAACAAGAGAAUCCGCAUCUCCUCCUUCCGCAGCCGCGCGGUGCUGGCGAUGCAGUCCCGCUUCGGCAACGUCGAGCGCGAGAUCAAGGCGGACGACGACCUGGGUCCGCAGCUUGAUGCGUAUUUCCCGUUCGAUCCGUAUCAUCUGCCCAGGAGCCGGAGGUGGGUUGUGGAUGAUUAUUUGGAGUGGAGGGGGAUUCCAGGGGUGGAUGAUCGGGAGGACGAGGACGAGUUUGAUGAUGAUGAGACGACGGAUGGGAGUGUGACGGUGAAUGAUGAGGUGGAGAGUGAAGAGGAGGGGAUGACGGGGACAGAUGAGGAUUGA